AUGACAGCCAACAAUUCACAGAACUUUGGCAAGAGACUGAUUCCUCAGAUUCUGGAAAGCUUGGCUCUUGCCGAACCAGACCGCAAAAUCUACUCCUUGGCAUCGAUGUCAAAUGGUACUAUGGUCUUUCGGCCCGUAUCUGCUCGGGCCUUUGCUAAGGCGGUCGACAAGACUGCUUGGUGGCUACAUGACCAAACGAAAGGACAGAAAAGAAGUCAUGAUGGAGACGACGAUACACAUCAUGGUGAAACCAAAAAGAAAAUCUUGCCAGUUGGUUACAUUGGCCCUCAUGACCUCAGACACAUUCUAUUGAUCUACGGUGCUAUUAAGGCUAAUUGCGCAGCCUUGUUUUUGUCCGCCAAGAAUACCACUGAAGGAGCACUGGCAGUGCUCAACGCAGCUGAAUGCAACAUAUGGAUCAAUCCUCAAGGACAACCCACGCUCCCUUUAGUUGAGUCAUUUACAAAGAAGAAUUCUAUGAUGGUUCUUGAACUGCCUAGGCUAGAAGACCUUCUCGACACUGAAACUACUGAGCCAUUUCCAUUUCAGAGCACCUAUAAUCAAGCUGCGAAUGAACCGUUUUGCAUAACACAUACUUCUGGCACCACAGGGGUCCCAAAACCAAUUAUUUGGAGCCAUGGGUUGAUCAGUUCUUUAGACGCUGUACGCUUGCUACCCCCCACUGAGGGUGAUUGUGGAUUACCUCCCUGGACCGAUAAUUGGAACGAAGGAGACACCAUAUAUUCCUCAUUUCCAAUGAGUCAUGGUGCUGGCAUUCUCAUGGACGUCGUAGUCCCUGCAUUCUUUAAGCUUCACUGCGUUCUGGGUCCCGCCGGAGUUCUGCCCAAUAUAUCACUUAUUGAAGAUGUUUUGGAUUAUGGGAAAAUCGAUAUCUGGCAUAUGGUUCCAUCACUCGCCGAUGAACUAGGAGAAAACCCAACAGUCUUAAAGAAGUUUAACUCUGCCAAAUUCGUUUGUGUCUCUGGUGGUCCGGUCACCCCAAGCAUCGUUACAAGAGUCAAUGAUGUCGUCAGAGUUAUGAACUUGACCGGAACGACAGAAGGAUUAUUUAUGGGCAAUCUUUGGCCUGAUCGUCAAGACUGGCAUUGGUUUGCAUUUCACCCACUUGCGGGAUUCGAAUUUAAAGAAAUCGAACCAGGUGUUUACGAGCACUGGGUACACAGACUACCUCAAUGGGACUUAUUCCAAGGUAUCUUUUAUACCUUUCCAGAUCAACAGGCCGUCAAUCUUAAAGACCUAUAUAAACGACACCCGUCCAAACCCAAUCUGUAUGCAUAUAAAGGCAGAAGCGAUGAUACAGUAGUCUUGUCCAAUGGCUUCAAGAUAGCGCCCUCGGACGCGGAGGCUUUAAUCACGACACAUCCUGCAAUUGAUGGUUGCUUAGUUAUUGGGAAUGGGAAACCGCAAGCUGGAUUACUCAUUCAAUUAAAGGGUUCCAUAACCAGGAACAAUGAUCUCUUUGACAGUAUCUGGGAGACGGUAGACCGGGCAAAUCAUUCCGGUUUCCAAAAGACAAGGAUAUAUCGAGACUUUAUUGCCUUUGCAGAGACAGAAAAACCCUUCAUCCGUACUGACAAGUUGACGAUUAAGCGACGUGCCACUUUGGAGCUCUACACAGAAUUCAUUGAUCGUUUUUACGCCACCAGAGAUUCAGAACCAACCCAUGAGGAGUUUGAUGUCAUCACAAUAGACACGACUUCAGACGAAACUGUCCUGGAAUCUGUUCGCAAAGUCCUGUCCUCACUAAUUCCUGAAAUUGAACUCGCAGCGCCAGAUGAGGAUGUCUUUGACUUGGGACUGGACUCUCUGCUUGUAUUUCAAGCAAUACGAACCAUCAGAGCGGCUACAGGAUUGCAAGAGCAGCUUGCCCCUAGGCAUCUUUACUCGUAUCCAACGCUGGCUGCAUUCUCGGCACAGCUUACAACCAUAUUGCAGCAACAAGCGAAAUCAAUGACCAAGGCACUGACCGCUGGAUAUGUCCAUAGGUUAGACAGCCAAGCAAUUGAGCAGUCGAUCCCAGAACACCCAAAUGAGUUGACGAAUGGGUCGGCAAAAGAAAAUAGUGUUCGAAACGCGAUACGUGAACAUCAGCGACGCACCGGAUUCAAAAUGAAUCCGUUUGAUGCAGUAAAUCCGAACCAUUAUAUGGGGUUCACAUUUUUCUUCGCGUUGCCCCCGGGAUCCAACUUCCAAGAAGCUUUCAAGAGUCUUCAAGCAGGCCUCUGCCGUGCUUUUCAAUUCAUGCCAGAACUAGAUGGCAAGAUGAUGCACGCAUCAGAACAUGAAUUCGGUCAUAAAAAGGGCGAAUACUCCAUCACGAUCCCACCUCCUUCAAUGGCAACCACCUCUAAUCCAAGGCAACUUGUCUACAAGGAUAUGUCGCAAAUCCUGCCCUCAUUUCAAAAAAUGCGGGAGAGCCAUUUCGCGCCUUCCUUGUUUGCAGAUAAUAUUGUACUUGAUUGCUAUCCCUUUCCAGAUAUGCCAGCCGACAUCUUGGUUGCUCAUGCCAACUUCGUGGAGGGGGGAUGCAUUUUAGCAGCAAACUUUAUUCAUACCUGCUUUGAUGGUCUUGGCGUCAUGGUAGCCCUCAAAGUUUGGGCAGAAUGUUGUAGAUACAUAAAGGGAGAUCUUUCAGCAACAUGUGAUUGGUAUGACCCCGAAAGCUUUAAUCACAAUCUGCCUGAGAUCCUGUACCAGCAGGAGGGGCACGCAAAGGCAGCCCAGGAUGUUGACCCUGCUGUAUGGGACUUCUUGCCAUUCUUCCCGCAAGAUGACACUUUCAAAGGAGAUGAAGUUAAAAACAAGAAGACCGAUAGCGAGACUUCACUUAUCAAUCCAAAGUUAGUCUACCGACGCCAACCCCAGUGGCCCACGGCUCCUUCCGAUCGCUCGUUAGCUAGCACUUUCUUUUUGAUCUCACGUCAGAACCUCCAAAAGCUUAAAAACGAUGUCAACUCAGAUCCCCAAGUAAAAGGGUUAAACACGUCAAUCAGUGACAUUGUCCAGGCAUUCCUGUGGCGUACAUCAAUCAGAGCACGAUACCUGGUAGCAAAGGAAGUUCGAGGACAAACUUUUGGCCCAAAUGAAUUGUCUAUUCUAGAGAUACCAAUCGACGGCAGGCUCUACUUUUCCUCCCAACUCCCUUCGUCAUACACCGGCAGCUUACUUAUCAUGAGCCGAACGAUCAUGUCUGUAGAAGAACUGUGCUCGCCAAACACAAGUCUUGCCAAGGUUGCACAUCUGAUCCGUAAAACGAUCGCCAAAGUCAACACUGACUUAGUUCAUGAUGCUUUCACUCUUUUGAGAUCCAUGACAGAUUACACAAAGCCUGCAACUGCGAACAUGGGGCUUGAGCACAUGAAUGAGAUGAUCUCCAACAUGAUCUUGUGGCAGCCAGAGGAUAAUAUUUCCUCUUUCGGUGAGGGAAUUUUUGCAGGAGGCAGGCCAGAAGCUGUGCGGCCACAAAUUGAGCGUGGGCAUCGACGGUUUCGAUUCUCACUCAUCCAUCCUUUGAGAGCAGAUGGCGGCGUAGAACUCGAAUUAGGUACCUUACCAGAAGAGCUGAGAAGGCUCCAGACUGAUGAGCACUUUACGAAGUAUGCAGAACUUUAUGAUAUCAAGCCGGGAACAGGUUGGUAG